AUGGAUUUGAUGAACCGGGUUUUCCGUCUAUAUUUGGACAAAUUUGUGAUCAUAUUCAUCGAUGAUAUUCUUGUCUAUCCGAGAUUGGAGGCAGAGCACGAGCAGCAUCUUCGAUUGGCAUUGCAGACCUUGCGGGAGCAUCAAUUAUAUGCUAAGUUUAGCAAAUGCGAGUUUUGGCUUUCUGAAGUUAGAUUUUUGGGCUAUGUCAUCAGCAAGGAUGAUAUUGUAGCAGACCCAGCAAAGGUGGAGGCAGUACUUAAUUGGGAGCCGCCGAAGACAGCUUCAAAGAUUCACAGUUUCUUUGGUUUAGUAGGCUAUUACAAGAAGUUUAUUCAGGAUUUCUCAAAGAUUACGACGCCACUUACACGCCGGCACGAAGUGCCAGGAGGCUUUUGA